CGUCAGUCCGUCCCUCAGCUCAAGGCGGGGCCCGGCAGCGCCCGACACCGAGCGGAGGGCUGAGGGGAGGGAGCCCCGCCUCGCCGCGCCAAGCUCGGGCCGAGCAGAGGGAGCCAGCGCGAGGCGCUGCAGUGUGUCAGGCCCCGCCUCCCCCGGAGCCUGUUACUGAUCUUCCUAUGAAACCUGAUGGUGGGCCUUUAUUUACAAGACUGCGUAAUCCAAGUACAGGAGAAGCUGCCCUCUACUUAUUCAAUAGCAGUGCACAGCAGCUGUUUGAAGUAAAAGCUUUUCAUGAAGAAUAUCGUUCUUGGUUUAUAGGUCAGGCUGUUCAACAUGAUGGGCGCCUAUUGUUUGCAACACCAAUGGAUCCUUUAUUUCUGGUACUUUUCUACCUCAUAAAGGCAGAGAAAGAGCAAGGAAAGUUCCAACCACUGGAUCAAGUUGUGGUUGAUUCAGAAUUUUCUAGCUGUACGAUGUUGCUACAGUGUGCAAGAGUUCUGGACUCACUACAUCAUGUGAUAGAAGAAAAAGAAAUUGGCAAUAAGAAAUUUUAUAAAUACAGCCAAGAGAAGACAUUGAAGUGGUUAAAGAAAAAGGUCAGCCAGACAGUGAAAGUACUUAAAAGCAGCAAUGUAUGUGUGGGUGGAAGGGUGCAAUCAGCUACAUUUAUCAGCGGCAAACAAAUCACAGAUGUUAAAGAAGAUGACUAUGUACGAUAUGCCCAUGGUUUAAUAUCAGAAUAUAUUUCUGAAGAUCUGAGUGUUGAGCUAUCUAAGUACUUACAGCUUCCAGAACUUACAAGUCCAGAAGCAGACCCCCCGCUAAAGAAAAGGAAAUUCUCAGAUGCACCUGUGGAAGCAGAAGAAGACUACACUAAGUUUAACAGCAGUGAUCUCAAGAACAAAAAGACAACUAGCAAGAUGUCUGCUGCUCAGAAAGCUCUGGCCAAAGUUGACAAGACUGGAAUGAAAACCAUGUCUGCUUUCUUUAGCGCAAAACCUAAAGCAACAAAAUAAAGAUUUGAAACUAAAAAGCAUAUUUUUGAUACGUAAUUAUUUUUGUAGUUACUGUUGUUCUAAAGCUAACUCUUUUCCCCUGUUUUUGUUGUUGGUUUAUUUAGUCUGUCAGCUAAUGAGGAUUUUAAAGCAGGAUUUUUGGAUCUAGUGAGUGUGUUACAUUUCUGAGAUUUACAUGUUGUAUAAAAUCAGACUGGAGCAGCUUCUUAAGGUUUCCUUAUUAGCCCAGGUCAAAACACGUGAUGUGAGAGCUGUUUAGGGUAGGUUAUCUUUGCACCCAGAAUUCCUGCGUUGUUUUUGUUGUAAUUGCAAUAAAUAACAAAACUAAUAUAGCAUAAUAAAUUGAUGUAUGAAACAAA